AUGAAUUAUCAUGAUGUUGGCUCUUCUUAUAUAUUUUCUUCUUCAAGCUCAUCAUCAGAUGAGCUUGAAGAAAUACUCAAUGAAUGUGAUGUUGAACAUCAAUUGAUGUGUCAACAUAUUUUGUCAAAUAAUUUCGUUGUAGCAAGCCUUAUUGAAAAUCAAAAUGCUACAACAAUCCACAGAGGCUCAGUUCCUGGUCGCAGGAUGAUCCAUCGUGAUCGAGAAGUGGCUGCCCAACGUCUGUUCAACGAUUAUUUUUCUGAAAAUCCAACAUUUAAUGAAGGAAUGUUUCGUAGACGUUUUCGAAUGUCUCGAAGUUUAUUCCAUCGUAUUGUUGAUGCUGUAAAAAAUCAUAAUAGUUACUUUCAGCAAGGAAGGGAUUGCACUGGUAGAUUGGGCUUGUCCACACUGCAAAAAAUAACCGCUGCAUUUCGGAUAUUAGCAUACGGGGUACCUGCAGAUGCCACCGAUGAGUACAUCAACAUUGGUGAGUCUACUGCAAUUAAAUGUGUCAAGAAAUUUUGUCGUGCAAUUGUGGAAAUAUUUUCAAGUCAAUAUCUUAGAUCUCCUACUUCUAGUGAUGUUGCUAGACUAUUAUAUAUUGGUCAACAACGUGGUUUUCCAGGAAUAGGUAUCACUCCACCUGCAAAUUAUGUAAUACAGGGAAAAGAGUAUAGUGUGGGUUAUUAUUUAGCUGACGGAAUAUAUCCGAAAUGGUCCACACUUGUGCAAACUAUACAUGAACCACGUACUGCAAAGAAAAAACAUUUUGCUACGAGACAAGAGUCGUGUAGAAAAGAUGUGGAACGUGCAUUUGGAGUUCUUCAAAGUCGAUUUGCAAUUGUUGCAAAUCCGGCCCGUUUUUGGCAAAAGAAACAUUUAGAGCUUAUCAUGAAAUCCUGCAUUAUCAUGCACAAUAUGAUAAUUGAGGAUGAAAGAGACUUGUCUGCACCAAUUCAAGAGAUGAGAGAAGUCCCAACUCCAGAUGUCGAAACGGUGCCAAAUGAAGCACGUCAGUUUCAAGAAUUUCUUGCACGCUAUCGAAGCAUCAAAGAUAAAUCAGCUCAUCUUGCACUUCGUGAUGCAUUGGUCGAUCAUUUGUGGGAAGAAUAUUCAAAUUUUGAACACUAAUUCCCAUUGUUAAGUAAUUUAAAUUUUUGCAAGUAUUUUGUAAUAUUAGUGUGCUAUUGUCAUGUAAUUUAUGCUUUUUUCAAUUAUUAUGUAAUGUUAUUUUAUA